CAAGAGUUGAAAUUUAACCACUAGGUUCAGAGAUUUCGAUGAGUUCCUCAAAAAAACAGAGGCUCACCCCAGUCCACAGUGGCCCUGACCAAACCACGGGCAGAGAGUGGGGGACCAGCCCCCUGUUCUCAGAGCCAUGAUGCUGUGGAGAGGCCUCCACAAGCCCUUAGCCAUCCUCAGGCACGUGGGACCUCUCCAUGCCACAGAGCCGCCCCACUGGCGCUCCCAGCAUUCCUGUGCAGAGAAACACAGCAACUGUGCCCGACACCCGCUCUGGACUGGCCCAGUCUCCUCGCUGGGAGGCAGCCGGCAGUCUCCUGUGAACAUCCAGUGGAGGGACGGUGUCUAUGACCCACAGCUGGCGCCGCUCAGGGUCUCCUACGACGCUGCCUCCUGCAGGUGCCUCCGGAACACCGGUUACUUCUUCCAGGUGGAGUUCGAUGAUUCCUGUGAGGAGUCAGGGAUCAGUGGUGGGCCGCUGGAAACCCACUACAGGCUGAAGCAGUUUCACUUCCACUGGGGAGCGGUGAAUGAGUGGGGCUCGGAGCACAUGGUGGACGGCCAGGCGUACCCGGCUGAGCUCCAUUUGGUUCACUGGAAUUCCACGAAAUAUGAAAAUUACAAGGAGGCCACUGUGGGGGAGAAUGGGCUGGCGGUGGUAGGAGUGUUUCUGAAGCUCGGUGUCCAGCACGAGGCCCUGCAGAGGCUGGUGGACGUCUUGCCAAAAGUAAGACACAAGGAUGCACAGGUGGCCAUGGGACCCUUUGACCCUUCUUGUCUGCUGCCUGCCUGCAGGGAUUACUGGACCUACCCUGGCUCCCUCACAACCCCGCCACUGGCUGAGUCAGUCACUUGGAUCAUCCAGAAGAUGCCCAUUGAGGUGGCCCCGAGCCAGCUGUCGGCCUUCCGCACACUCCUGUUCUCUGGGUGUGGUGAGGCAGAGGAAGCAAUGGUGAACAACUACCGCCCACUCCAGCCUCUCAGGGGUCGGAAAGUCCGUUCAUCGUUCCAGGGAUGUCAUCUGUGGAUCAUUGCUAGCACCACCCAGAGUCCUCUGUGUCACUGAGUCCAAUAUCCUUUCGUCAAUGUCAAACCUGGAGCCCCUAUAACACUUCAUGAAGGGCUCGGUGGCUUUGAUAACCUGAUGAGACCAUUCUUAGAGUUCAGGAAGACCGAGGCUGUAGUCAAGGUGUGGGCAAGGCUGCUUUCUUCUGGAAGCCAUGGAAAGAACCACUAUAUAGCCCCAGGCUGGCCUGGAACUGGUCUUGCCCUUCCCACUGCUGGCUUCACAGCCACAAACCAACUCCUCCUUUCCCUCACCCUGACUGUGUAUCCAUGGCAUCUAUGGUCCCCUCUCUGCCUAUGGUCUAGCCCCACUGCCUCCUAGAAAACCCCUCAUGGUGACCUGGUGUUCACUCACAACCCAGUAGCAGCUCUCCAGAACAAUGUCCUUAAUCCCAUCCCGAGUCCCUGAGGCCAGAGUCAAAGGUUAAGAUGUGGGUGACUCUAUAACUAGGUGUCCCCUGACAUUCCAGAAGAGAUGUGGAAUAAAGUAAGAGGGCCUUGAAAGGGGAGACCUGCAUUCCCUACCAUCCUGCUGCCAGACACCCCUCUGUUUUAGGCCCUUCACUGUUUGUUGCACUGGAAAAACAGAAGGCAUGCUCAACUCUCAGGACCUUGACUGCCUUUCUGGAUGCCCCACCUGAUUGUGGGGCUAAGGAGAGAGAAGUGCCCAUAGCCUCACUCCCCUACUGCCCAGGUGACCUGAGGCCUCGGUAGUGACCUCUCUGAAAACAUCCUCACCUCCAGCUGCCUCGCCCUGUUCCAUCAGGCUGGGUCUCCAGCUUCUUGCCUCUUCCUGGGAUUCUCCACCCUCAAAUGCCCCUGCAGCUCGCCCCUUCCUUGGUCUCUGACAAUGGCCUGUGACAGAAUGCUCUCCAGUACACUCUGGUCCUUACUGUUUCUUCCUUGGACCUCUCAGCCCAGUGGACCCAAUGAGUUCUAUGAUUCUUCUGUCUCUGUU